AUGGCAGCAAUCCAAUACGCGCCCUUCUCCUCUGAGAUCGAGCUGCCUUUCUACGCGGCCCUCUUCUCCUCAAAGCUUGAACAUGAUAAGCUAGACGACUCGGCGCGCCGCGUGCUUGGCCAGUACAGUACCCUGCCUGUCGAGCCAGGCCAGAGUUGCAAGAUGUCCAUCCUCGGGAAUGCUCUCACUAGCGACCAGCCCAACGAUGAGCACGUCCGCGCCGAGGGCUUCAUCAAGAACGUCAAUACGAUUGAGGACUUCAAGAAUACGGACAAACAAGCCAUGCUUAAAAUGGCGGCGAGACAUGUGUGGGACGCCAUAAACGACGGCACCAUCUACUCCGUACCCUCCCUCCUCUCCUCCUUCACGAUCCUCUCAUACGCCGACUUGAAGAAAUACAAGUUCACAUACUGGUUCGCGUUCCCAGCGCUGCACUCAGACCCUCAGUGGAAGCGUACGGGACCUAUCGGUCGCCUUGAUCCUAAAGAGAGCACGGCGCUAGUCGAUCGAGUGGGCACGUGGCAAGCCAACCGCGACAAGAGGCAGAAUGGGUUCUUCCUCGCCAAGAAGGCAAGAGGGGUGGAUGUUAGCGAUCUGGAUAAGGACGCGAAUAGCGACCUUCACGACCUCAACGAUACGUUUGGCUAUGUGUGGGAAGUUGCCAACCUUGGAGAGUUCGAAAACGGUUUCUUCGAAGACGUGGCAGAGGAGGACAGAUACGUUUCAUUUGUUGACCCUUCGACGUACCCCGAAAACCCUUCAUGGCCACUGCGCAACCUGCUCUGGCUCGUUCGGCAGCGGUUCAGGCAGACAAAAGUUCAGAUUCUGUGUUACCGCGAUAUCAGAUCCAGCAGGCAUGCGGCUAGAAGCAUCAUUUUGCCGCUGGAGAUGGACCCGGUUGAGCCACUUGCGGUGGCUGCAAUGCCCAAGGUCACAGGUUGGGAGCGAGACGGAGAGGGCAAGCUACGAGCUAGGAUCGCCAACCUGGGGGAGUACAUGGACCCAACACGACUUGCCGACCAGUCCGUGGACCUGAACCUCAAACUCAUGAAAUGGAGGAUUUCGCCAAACCUGGACCUGGAUACUAUCAAAUCCACCAAGUGUCUGUUGUUAGGAGCGGGCACACUGGGAAGCUACGUUUCCAGAAACCUAAUGGGCUGGGGUGUACGGAAGAUCACGUUUGUGGACUACGGACGCGUAUCGUAUUCGAACCCUGUACGGCAACCUCUGUUCGAGUUUGAGGACUGCUUGGAAGGCGGCAAAUUCAAGGCGACCCGGGCGGCAGAUGCCCUCAAGAGGAUCUAUCCCGGUGUUGAGAGCGAGGGUCACGUCCUAUCUGUUCCUAUGUUAGGCCACCCUUUUACGGAUGAGGCUAGGAGUAAGGCGGACUACGACAAGCUGAAGCAGCUGAUUGACGAGCACGAUGCAAUCUUCCUGCUGAUGGAUAGCCGAGAGUCAAGAUGGCUACCGAGUGUUCUGGGCAAAUCAACUGGCAAGAUUGUUCUCAACGCCGCGCUUGGUUUCGACUCCUUUGUCGUCAUGAGGCACGGCGCUGAACCAACCGACGUUCAGCCAGAUGACAAGGAGCGUAAGACCCUGGGAUGUUAUUUCUGCAACGAUGUAGUCACGCCAGCUGACUCGCAGAAAGACCAGACCCUGGACCAACAAUGUACCGUAACCAGACCUGGUGUCGCAGCGAUCGCGUCAGCGCUGCUCGUUGAACUAUUCGCGAGUCUGCUCCAGCAUCCCCUCAAACAACACGCACCGGCACCUCAAACGUCGGCAGACGAGAAGGACCCCGUAGACCAUGCCCUAGGACUUGUGCCUCAUACCGUCCGCGGCUACCUGCAUAACUUCAACAAUAAGGUCAUUCGCGGCGAGUCAUACCCAUGCUGCAGUGCGUGUGGCCCACCGAUUCUCGAGGCCUACCGAAACGACGGCUGGGGUUUUGUCAAGAAGGCGCUUUUGGAGAAGGACUUUGUUGCUGAGUUAUCUGGGCUCGCCGAGGUUCAGCGGGAGGCUGAGAGGCGAGCGGCGUCUAUGGACUGGGAAGAGGAGGAAGAUGGAGCAGAUGAUGGGGAUGGAGAGUUGAUUUGA